AAAAAAACAACUUAUUUCUAAUUCGAAACCUAUUGAAUGAUGAUGAAUACAUUCAAUGGGAAUAAUUGGCCUUCGGCUGGAUUUAAUAUAUUCUCGCCGGUGGAAGAAAGAUUAAACAAAUAUUUUCAAGAAUUAAAAGAAUUUGCACCCAUAUUCAGAGAGGAGUGCCCAAGUGUUAUAUCCGCUAUGGCCGUCCAUCCAUCCGGUAGAUUUUAUGCCUAUGGAGCAACUGAUCCAUUGUCUGUGAUAAUAAAAGAAUACCCUAAUCAAAUAAAUAGCUUAACCAAAUUGAAAAUGGUCAAAUUCACCUUUGACCUUAAAAGUUGCAACUUAAUAAAAACUCCUCCAAAUCAUCAAAACAUUGGUAAUGAAAUAUAUUCCAAAAAGAGAGAUUAUUCUAAUAAAAUUGAGCCAACUUUAUGCCAAACUAAUUUAAUAUCUUCCGAGAAUAUAGAUGAGAGCAAUAGCACUAUAAUUAAUAAUCAAAAACUCCAAAAUUCAAAUAAUAUAGCAAACAAUCAUCCUUUAACUAGAAUUUUAGAAAAAGCAAUAAUAUAUUCUCUAGCCUGGAGUCCUACUGGAAAACUUUUGGCUUGCGGAACGAGUCAUGGAACUAUUAAAAUACUCAAGUUCGACACUGAUUCAAUGACAAUCAAUAAAAAACUAUUAACGAACAUAAAUAUUCGGGGUAAAUUAGACCAGAAUGUUAGUGUCCCGAGCAAAAAAAGUAAGAACGAAAUAGUGAAAGAUUGUCUAUUCCUUCAGGACAACUUUAAUCAAAGUUGUCUCCUACUCAGUGUUGGGGGCGAUUCUGCUCACAAUGUAAGAGUCACUGACAUUCAAACUUCUACUCCAAUCCAAGUCUUGAGUGGACACACUGCAUGCAUUAAUUGUAUAUUCUCACCCGGAGGAUGUACCUUUGUGACGGGAUCGGAUGAUAAAACGGUAAGAUUUUGGGAUUUGAGAGUUCCCGAUUGCUUGCACGCGGUGACUGGGGCCACUAAUUCUAUAACUAAAGGUAAUGCAAUUCAUUGCGCAUGCGUAGAUGAUCACGAAAAAGUACUUAUAGCAGGACACGAAGAUGGAACAUGCCUUUUAUAUGAUAUUAGAGGAAGGAAAAGGUUAGAAAUGCUACGUCUUCAUUAUGACCGUGUGAGCUCUAUGGAGCUCUCCGCCAAUCAAAAAUGUUUAUUGACCAGCUCACAUGACACUACUAUCCGAUUAACUAAUAUAAAAGGCGAUUUGACUAAACUCAAUCUUGUUUCCAGGAAAUCUCCAACAUGUAAUGCCAGUUUUUCUAAAUCAUCAGAAAAUUUUCAAAAUGAAGUUUCAAAAAUUAUAGGGAAACACGAUGAUAAAGUCUUGGGCACCAAAUUGAUUCCCUCUUUUGACUCAAAUAUUAACGAUUCAAGUUCUCCCGAUAACAUUAAGUAUGGCAUCAAUCGGUUUGCAUCAUAUGGGAAAGAUAAAAUGAUUAUGUUUUGGGAAGAUUGAGGAAAUUACUACCAAUGAAAAAAAAUUGUGCAAUAAAAUUAGAAACGAGAGAAAAAUGAAUGAUUCCUUAUACACAAUGGGCUCAUACUUUACCUUCUAAUUGAACAAUUCCCGGACCUAUAAUUUGUCAUAAAU